CGCGCUCAGUCCAUGGGAUCACUGUGCAAACACACAGAACUGAUCCACUGGGAAAUACACAAAAAGGUUUCUUACUGAACAGAUUUUUUGGCAUUAUAAAAGGUUGACACUUCGCAUUGAUGACGACUAUUAUUAAGGAGUUUGAUGAUUGGGUCCAAGGACAUUCACAGAAUAUCCUGUGACAUUGAGGAUUAUUUUAUUUGAGCGUCUGCAAUGACAACUCAUCAAGCGUUUAGGAUAACCAUUGCCAGCAGUGCCUUGACCCACCAGCGCCACUCAGUGGACUAAGUCUUGAACUACAGAAUUUGGGGGAUUUCAUUAAAAACAGAGCCAUGGGUGACUCAAUGUAUUCCGAUUUGAUAGCCAGACACUACAACUUCACAGGGAAGCUCCGGAAAGUGGAGCAGGAUUCUAGGCUCAAAGCGGACUCUGUGGUUUUCAUCAUUGUAUGUUGCUUCAUCAUUCUUGAGAAUGUAUUGGUCCUGCUUACUAUUUGGAGGACCAAGAAGUUCCACAAGCCCAUGUACUACUUUAUUGGGAACUUAGCUCUAUCAGACUUGCUGGCUGGGGUGGUGUACACUGCCAACAUCCUGCUGUCAGGUGCCAACACAUACAAACUGACCCCCACACAGUGGUUCUUCCGGGAGGGGAGUAUGUUUGUGGCCCUGGCUGCCUCAAUCUUCAGCCUGUUGGCCAUCGCCAUCGAGCGCCACCUCACCAUGCUGAAGAUGAAGUUGCACAACAAUGGCAACACGUGUCGUGUCUUCAUGCUCAUCAGCACCGUGUGGCUGAUUGCAGCCAUAUUGGGCGGCCUACCCAUCAUGGGCUGGAACUGCAUCCAGAGAAUGCCGAGCUGCUCCACCGUGCUGCCGCUCUACCACAAGACCUACAUCCUGUUCUGCACCACCGUCUUCAGCGUCAUCCUCAUGGCCGUCGUGGUCUUGUACGCACGCAUCUAUGCCCUGGUGCGCACCCGCAGCCGCAAGAUGGUGUUCCGCAAGGUCUCCAACGGCCGCAGCGGGGGAAGCGCUAGCAGCAAGAGCUCGGAGAAGUCCAUGGCCCUGCUGAAGACCGUGAUCAUCGUGCUGAGCUGUUUCAUCGCCUGCUGGGCUCCCCUCUUCAUCCUCCUGUUGCUGGACGUGGCCUGCGACAUCCGCAUGUGCCCCAUCCUGUACAAAGCCGAAUGGUUCCUGGCCCUGGCCGUGCUCAACUCGGCCAUGAACCCCCUUAUCUACACGCUCACCAGCAACGAGAUGCGUCGCGCCUUCCUCAAAACGCUCCUGUGCUGCAGCAUCUGCACCCGGCCCUCCGGCAAGUUCUCCCAGCCCAUCAUGGGUGCCGAGUUCAGUCGGAGCAAGUCGGACAACUCGUCCCACCCCAAUAAGGAUGAGCCGGAGUACUUGCCAAGGGAGACCAUCGUAUCCUCUGGGAAUAUCACCUCCUCUUCUUAAAGAGCCUUCUGGACUGUUGUGUGAAAAGUAGCUCCACUGCUUAGGAAAUGUGGAUGUAUAUAUGUUUUUGUGCAGUGUGCAAGUGUGUUUGUGUGUGUGUACAUUAUGUAUAUAUGUGUAUAAA